UAGUUUUGAGGUUGUCCGUUGGUGUGUGCGGUAUCUUGGAAGCCUCUAUCCUCUUUCCUUUCUUUUUUUUUUAUUGAACACAAAAUAUAUACCCAUAAACGUAUGAAUAGUCAUUAAAGUAGCAGGAAACCAAUCAAUGUAGAAUUUAAGCGAAUGGGAGAGAUUUGGCUGACCGCACUGGGGUCCGUGGGUCCGCAACGAAAUCGAAACGAAAGACACGCACGUUCGUGACGGUUCCUAGUGUUGUAUAUAUAAAAAGCCCCCCUUUUUUCUUUGUCGCUGUAAAGAAGCAACAGCAACGUGCGCACCCACUGAAAAAGGUGCACCGAUAUGCUGGAAUUGCAGCGAUUUGAGCACAGGAGAGCAGCGUUGCAAAACCCCAUGACACGUGCGUGCCUGCGCUUAUGUACAUAGCCUACUUUAAUUAGGGCGAGCGCGCAGUGUUUUCGUCGAUGGGCUACUGCUGCUGCUGCAGUGAGAUGAAAGUGGUAGUGUAGUGUAGCAUAGUAGUCCGUAGUAGAGUUCGUGCGGCGAGACGAAAACAAGUUGAUAGAUGUUGUGUACAUUAACGUGCGACUCUUACUGGGGUGACCGAACGGACAAAUUAAAAGAAAUAAUUGAAAAAAAAAAUCCAGUUAGACAUACAAAUUCUAGGAAAAAAGCUUUGUAAAUCAACAAUGAAUUACUCUACGAACGAAUAUGCGCAUAUACGCUAAUCAAAUUACCUCCUUCGAUGGAUUAGUAUAUUAGAGGAGACCUCCAACAACAGAACAGUAGCCAGAGAUUCCCCUGGAUGGUCGCUCUGGCUACCCCUUGAUGAUUGCUAUAGGUCUACUAAGCUCGUCGCUAGGUUAGUAGUAUGAAGCAUACAAACCUAGAACUCGGUUUUUCGGCGGGAGACUACUUUUUUUUCAUUCGGAUAUCGGAUAACGAAUCGCGUGGAAUGAGAUGUUGUUCUAGCAAAGGGCCUGGGCCCUCUUUAGGUUUGGUUUUUUGAAGUAUGCAUUUAGUUAAGCUUCCUUCCUUAUUAAAGGCAAUCAUCAGCAUCUUUGGUAGAUACUAUCUUUCUAUCUCUCUCUCUGGCUUAUCCGAGUUAUUAGGUCUUGACCGUUAUUUUCCUUUUUUAUUUUUUGUUACCUGUUUCCUAUAUUUCGGAUGACGCUUUUCUAUCACGAGACUAGUUUUUGGUGUGCAACAAGGCGUGUCGUGUAUCGAAAAGGUAAAUGUUCCUUCAGCCUUUACAUACCUUCGUUUCGGUUACUGCACCAUACCGCAACGCACCUGGGGAACUUAAAGCAAUAGGGAGAGAGAGAGAGAGAGAGAAAACGAGAGCAUAUGAACGGUGACGACUACCCGGUCGGAUUACCUUUUGUUUCGACUAUUGUACGUUCGAUGGCGGGCGUGGAUUCGAGAUGAAUAGAAUACGUUAAGGGAAAUGAAGAAGAAAAAAAACAAUAGAAUUAACGGUCUUCUACAUGUGUAAAUGACAAAAAAAUGGAAUAAAAUGUUGAAAACUACUACAACACUACACAAUUAUAAACAAAAUCGAAAACAAAAAGUCGUGGAAAAAAAAGCAAAACACAUUGUAGAAGAACUUCCGCAUAAAAGUAAGCAAAACCAGUAAAACAAACAAAAACCUACACACCCACAGUUAGAGAAAAAUGCAAAUAAACAGCCUUGCAGAGAACGCGAUGAAACACACAUGGUUGGUGCGUGUAAAGCAACGAUUACUCUCUGGUACCUUA